CUCGAUGAUAAAUUGUAGUAAUGCUUGUCAUUGCUAAAAUUUCACACUUUGUAGAGUUAAGUUUUAAAUUUGGCGCCACUAUUGGCCUGUCCGCUGGUGUCGCUGCCUAUAGUCAUAUUGUUUUGUUGUGUAUAACUUUUCACAAAUGCCAAAUACAAGUAGGUGGGGAACCAAAACAGGAAGACAAUAAAAUUCAAACCCAGGGCACAAAAAUCCAACUACAAUCCAGCGAAGUCCUCAAGCAAAUCGUCGAGUCGUUACCCCCCAAGGAAAUGAAUGAGAGAAGAGACGCACCCGCUAGCAUCGAAACUUUCACUAGUGGCAGGGACUUUAUCAGGGAAGCUUUUCUAAGCAAGGGAAUUGAUGAUAAAUCCGCAGACGUCAUGGUGAAUUCUAUAGCCGCUGCAACACUGAAACAGUACCAGGGCCCACUAAAACAAUGGUGGGAGUUCUGUUUGAAAAAUAAAAUAUCCAAAUUUAAUGCUAACACCACAGACAUCAUACGUUUCUUAACCACGAAGUCCGAGCAAAGUGCAAGCUAUGGAACGUCAAACGCCAUUAGAUCAGCUAUCUCUCUCAUUUCCUCACGAGACAUAUCUAACGAUAAACUACUCUCAAGAUUUUUCAAAGGGAUACAUAGACAAAAACCACCGAGACCCAAAUACUCAACUACCUGGGACACAGCACCAGUUCUCGAUUAUAUUGAAAACCUACCCCCUCUUGAGACAUUAAAACUGAAAGAAGCAGCUGAAAAAGUAGCUACGUUACUAAUUUUAACAACGGCACAUCGACUUCAAACAAUCUCGUUAAUUAACAUAAAAAAUAUAGUUAUUAAAGAAUCAGGAAUCUCAAUAAAAAUUCCUGAUCUAAUAAAGACAUCCAAACCUGGAAAAAAUCAACCCGAACUCUUCUUGCCACUUUUCCAAGUAAAGCCAAAAAUUUGCGUAGCUUCUGCCGUAAAAGAUUACUUAAAAUUAACAGAAAAAUUCAGAAAUAAUGAAAACGACCGGUUAUUCAUAUCAUCUCACAAACCAUACAAAAACGUAUCGGCACAAACAGUUAGCCACUGGAUUAAAUCUCUCCUUACGAAAGCAGGAAUUGACACAGACCAAUUUACCGCAUACUCCACAAAACAUGCAGCAGUAUCCGCUGCCUUUCGCAAGGGAGUUGACGUUGAUACUAUCAGACGCACCGCCGGCUGGUCCAAAAACUCGAAAACCUUCGCCACAUUCUACAAUCGACCAAUCCAGGACAAUGGAAAGUUCGUUAAUUCAGUUAUGACUAUUUAAUUAAUUAUAUAAACAGAUACUCAAAUUGUAUCUCAA